AUGGUGGCUCUCAGCAGCACUGUCAAGGAGCAGAUCCAAAGAGAGUUUUAUGGUGUGGAGAUGGCAACAUUUGUAUCACAGUCUUAUUCUCCAUGUGUGGGAUCCAGAAAGAAUAACGAUGGCAAACCAUCAAGUCCUUUCAGGCAUCUGGACGGUGAAAUCUAUUUUUAUAGAGAUGUGGAGUGUGCAGAAAAAGAAAAGGUCAGCUCAAAUCAGCAUUCUUUGAAGGUGUAUGAAAAGACUACCAUUUCAUCAAGAGCAAGGUCUCGAAAAGCUAUACGACAGCUGGAAUAUGCUGUUGAAAGAGAUACAGCAACAGAAAAAGAAAUUCCCAGUCUGAACUGGGCUCUUGCUUUCGCAAAGUGUUGUCAAAGUGACAAGCAGUCUAUAGUAGAUUACAUCAAUGAACAGAAGGAGCUUUUUCUGUUGGAGUACAGAGUAAAAGUGAAACAAUGUACUAUGGAAAAGCUGGAGAAACUGGCAGAAAAGGAAGAACGAAGGGCCAACAUUGCUGAAACAAAGCUGGAAGAAGAUACACUUGCAUUUGAGGAGUUUCUCAGAGAGAAUGAUAGAAGUUCUGUAGAUGCCCUUAAAAUAGCAUCUCAGGAAGCAAAAUCUAAACUGGAACUGACAACUGAGGUGAAUGCAGCAAUGAAUGAGGUGUUUGCAAUUACAAGUGAGAUUGCAAACACUGAAGAUAUUCUGAGGAGGUAUUUAUCUUAUGAAACGUUUUUGACGAGUGUUUCUCCUCAAGAGUGGCAAGAAAAGCAACUGGAAAAAAGGGGGAAAAAGAAAUCAGAGAAGAAAAGAAUGUCAAAAUCUUUCCUUUCUACUCCUUUUAAUGAAAAACCUGGUCUAAAAUCACAACCCGCUUAUGUAUUAGGCCGCAAAUUAAGCAAAGCUCCAGAAAGUCCAUAUGGAAAGAAUGUGUUAAAUAGAAAAACAUCAUUCACUAUUCCUGGUCAGGAUCGUAAAAGCAGACUCUCAGUAAGCUCAGUAACUGACUAUAGGUUUUUUAGAAGUGGAUCAAAAGGAGACAUGAGUCGCAGACAAUCCUUGCUAGAAAGGAGAAGAUCUGUAGUAAGCUAUGCAAGUGAAAAAACCGCUUCUUCAGACGAGGAGUUUUCCUUGGAAGACAUACCAAGUGAUGUGGAGCCAGAGAUAUAUUUCAAAAACCCAGAAGAGUUACUUCAGAUGUUCGCAUUUCUUGAGGAACAAAAUCUUACGCUAUUUCAAAACAUUCAGGACUUAGCUGGAACACUGGAAGAUUGUCGGCAGAGGGAAAGAAUUGUUAAAAAGCAAAUGGAACAAAAAAUAAAAAGCCUAGUGGACGAAAAAGAAGCUGUUAUAGCUGCUUCCAUGAAAGAAGAGGAAAAAAGCAAUGAACUGGCAUUAAAAGCCAAGAUAUUUUCUGCAGGACAGUAUAAUCCAACAACCAUGGAUAAAAUUCUGGAUGUGCUUAAUAAAAAAGUAACAGAAGCAUACAGAGCUUGUGGUGAAGAAACUGAAGUAACCAGUCUGACUACCUUUCAAAUGCUGAAAGUAAUAGAAACUAGGGUUUCACAAUUGUGCGAGUUGUUGGAAGCAGUUCCAAGUGAAUACCGUGAUGCUAUUGAAGCCAAUGAAAAACUUAGAUUGAAAGAAAGAAAGCAAAGAUUACGUGAAGAGAAAUUGGAAGAACUGAAGAAAGCUCAAGAAGAAAGAGUGAAGCGUGCUCUGAAAAGAGCAAUUGCAGCACCAAAUAAAAGGGUGGGUAGAAAACUGGUGUAUCGCUCACAACCUCCAGAGAUUCAACAAGGAAAAGAACAAGUUGUAAAUGACACUUCAAGAAUCGAAGAUGACUACUAUUUCAGUUAA